AUGGACAAGGUCCUCGUUCCCACUGAAGGGCACCUCGACGCUGCGACUGGAUUUGUGGUCUUCAGAAUGCUUCAAGAGACAGCAGUACAACAGGGCCAAAAGGAUCAACUUCUGAAACAAGGAAUCAGUGACUAUGAGAAGGACAUGCAUCAGAAAGGCUCAAGGUACCCCGGUGGUGACCCAUUAGAUCUUGGCAUGGGCUUAAGGAUCUGUCACUUCUACACCCACGAGAAGUGGUCUGUACUCAUCGAGUUUUGGGACGGGCAUAUCCAUCAGCAUGAUCAAGAUGGCUUGAGACCAAUUUCACACAUCAUUUAUGCGGCGGCUAUUAUUCCUGAGAGUACGCUUGUCUAG